CAGAGUGUGCGACCGUACAUCCCGCCACGAGGGGCUCAAUCACGCGCGGGGCCCCGCGUCCCCGGCUCCCCAGAAGUGCGCUGGGCCGGGACUCCGCGCUAGGGCUGGAUGGGGCGGCGCCCCGAGCACGCCCCACAUUCCCGCCCCAGAGGCGGGCCGCAGCCCCCGAGCGGGCUGAGCACCGACCGCCGGCGCCAGGCGGGCCAGGAGCGGAGGGCCGCGGCAGACCUGCACUGCAGCAGCUGUUGCUCGCGGGUGACUCGUCUGUCCGCGCAGAGUCACACGGCGCAGUGGGUAAGGGGGGCUCCCCAGGGACCGAGUAGGGAGAUCCUUGCUCCUGCCCGCCCCUCGCCUCCCCCACGCUCGCCCAGCCCGGGAGGAGGAAACGCGAGCCGCGCGCAGACACCUCCUCCUCCGCCGCCACCGCCGCCACCGUCCGCGCCACUGUGCCUGUUGCUGCCGCCGCCGUGGGACCGGCGGUGUCCUCGGCCGGGUGGAGAAGAGGCGGGAGCCAAGCCGAGAGGACCCCAGGACCCCGGCGACAGGACGAGCGCAGCCAUCCCGGCACGAUGGAUGCCCAGCCCGCCGAGGCCGUCCCCGGGAUGCCCCCGAGUACCUGCGCGCCCGAGCCCGGCCCGGGGCUCUGAGCGCGCCGCGGCGCAGGAUUCUGCAUCAGAAGCGUGUAAAAUAGAUUGCAUGGUCUAAAAUAGAAAAACAGUGGAAACGUUUUGCUGAGUUUCCAGACCUUUCCCGUGAUGGAACCAAUAACAUUCACAGCAAGGAAACAUCCGUUUCCUAACGAGGUCUCAGUGGACUUCGGCCUUCAGCUGGUGGGCUCUUUGCCUGUGCAUUCGCUGACCACCAUGCCCAUGCUACCAUGGGUUGUGGCAGAGGUGCGAAGACUCAGUGGGCAGUCUUCCAAAAAGGAGCCUGUGACCAAGCAAGUCAGGCUUUGUGUUUCACCCUCUGGCCUGAGAUGUGAACCGGAGCCAGGAAAAAAUCAACAGUGGGACCCACUGAUCUGUUCCAGCAUCUUUGGGUGCAAGCCUCAGCAAGUUCACAAACUGAUUCACAACAGUCAUGACCCGAGUUACUUUGCUUGUCUGAUUAAGGAAGAUGCAGUCCAUCGGCAGAGCAUCUGCUAUGUGUUCAAAGCCGACGAUCAAACGAAAGUGCCUGAGAUCAUUAGCUCCAUCCGCCAGGCGGGGAAGAUCGCCCGCCAGGAGGAGCUGCACUGCCCCGCCGAGUUCGACGACACGUUCGCCAAGAAGUUCGAGGUGCUCUUCUGCGGCCGGGUCACAGUGGCCCACAAGAAGGCCCCGCCAGCCCUGAUAGACGAGUGCAUCGAGAAGUUCAAUCACGUCAGCGGCAGCUGGACAGCAGAACCCGGGCAGGCCCCUGUGGGCGGGCUGUCCCCGGUGGGCGCACAGGUGGCGCGCAGGCCCAUGCGCAAGUCCUCGUCCCAGCCCGGCCUGCGCUCCUGCGCCUGGAGGAAGGAGUUCCAAGACACCGGCCUCCGAAGCAGCAGCUUCUUCAGCUCUUUUGAGGAAGCCGACAUCGAGAGCCACCUCGUGAGCGGACACAACAUUGUACAGCCAACAGAUAUGGAGGAAAAUCGAACCAUGCUCUUCACGAUUGGCCAAUCUGAAGUUUACCUCAUCAGUCCUGACACUAAGAAGAUAGCAUUGGAGAAAAAUUUUAAAGAGAUAUCCUUUUGCUCUCAGGGCAUUAGACAUGUGGACCACUUUGGGUUUAUCUGCCGGGAGUCUUCUGGAGGUGGCGGUGUUCAUUUCGUCUGUUACGUGUUUCAGUGCACAAAUGAAGCUCUGGUUGAUGAAAUUAUGAUGACCCUGAAACAGGCUUUCACAGUGGCUGCAGUACAGCAGACAGCUAAAGCACCAGCCCAGCUGUGUGAGGGCUGCCCCUUGCAGGGCCUGCACAAGCUCUGUGAAAAGAUAGAGGGAAUGAAUUCUUCUAAAACCAAACUAGAACUCCAAAAGCACCUGACAACAUUAACUAAUCAGGAGCAAGCUACUAUCUUUGAGGAGGUUCAGAAAUUGAGACCAAGAAAUGAACAGCGAGAGAAUGAAUUGAUCAUUUCUUUUUUGAGAUGUUUAUAUGAAGAGAAACAAAAAGAACACAUCCAUAUUGGUGAGAUGAAGCAGACAUCGCAGAUUGUAGCAGAGAAUAUUGGAAGUGAAUUACCCCCAAGUGCCACUCGAUUUAGGCUAGAUAUGCUGAAAAACAAAGCAAAGAGAUCUUUAACAGAGUCUUUAGAAAGUAUUUUGUCCCGGGGUCAUAAAGCCAGGGGCCUGCAGGAACAUUCUGCCAGCAUGGAUCUGGACAGCUCCAUGUCUAGUACAUUAAGUAACACCAGCAAAGAGCCAUCUGUGUGUGAAAAGGAGACCUUGCCCAUCUGUGAGAGCUCCUUCAAGCUCCUCGGCUCCUCAGAUGACCUGUCCAGUGACUCGGAGAGCCAUCUCACAGAAGAGCCCGCCCCACUGUCACCCCAGCAAGCCUUCAGAAGGCGAGCAAACACUCUGAGUCAUUUCCCCAUGGAGUGCCAGGAACCUGUGGAACCUGCUCAGUUAUCUCCAGGGGUCUCACAAAGAAAACUUACGAGGUAUCACUCAGUGAGCACAGAGACGCCUCAUGAAAGAAAUGUGGACCAUCCACCUGUGGGCCAGUCUAAGCAUUGCUCAGGUCAGUCUUCAGCUCCUGCUUCUCCACCUCAUCUUACCCCCUCCGCCUCCUCGCCAAACUUUUUUAAGUACCUAAAACAUAAUUCCAGUGGAGAACAAAGUGGGAAUGCUGUGCCAAAGAGCAUCUCCUACCGUAAUGCCCUGCGGAAAAAACUUCAUUCUUCUUCCUCUGUGCCAAAUUUUCUAAAAUUUCUGGCUCCUGUAGAUGAAAAUAACACCUCUGACUUUAUGAACCCAAAAAGGGACUUUGAAUCCAAAGCAAGCCAUCUUGGUGACUCUGGUGGGACCCCUGUGAAGACCCGCAGGCAUUCGUGGAGGCAGCAGAUAUUCCUCCGAGUGGCCACACCGCAGAAAACGUGCGAUUCUCCCAGCAGAUAUGAAGAUUACUCAGAGCUGGGAGAGCUUCCCCCACGAUCUCCUUUAGAACCAGUUUGUGAAGAUGGACCCUUUGGCCCUGUGCCAGAGGAAAAGAAAAGGACAUCUUGGGAGCUUCGAGAGCUAUGGCGAAAGGCUAUUUUACAACAGAUACUGCUCCUCAGAAUGGAGAAGGAAAAUCAGAAGCUGCAAGCCUCUGAAAAUGAUUUGCUGAACAAGCGCCUGAAGCUUGAUUAUGAAGAAAUCACUCCUUGUCUUAAAGAAGUAACUACAGUAUGGGAAAAGAUGCUUAGCACCCCAGGAAGAUCAAAAAUUAAGUUCGACAUGGAAAAAAUGCACUCAGCUGUUGGGCAAGGAGUGCCACGUCAUCAUCGGGGUGAAAUCUGGAAAUUUCUAGCUGAGCAAUUCCACCUUAAACACCAGUUUCCCAGUAAACAGCAACCAAAGGAUGUGCCAUACAAAGAGCUCUUAAAACAGCUAACCUCACAGCAGCACGCGAUUCUUAUUGACCUCGGGCGAACCUUUCCAACACAUCCAUACUUUUCUGCCCAGCUGGGAGCAGGGCAGCUGUCACUUUACAACAUUUUGAAGGCCUACUCACUUCUAGACCAGGAAGUAGGCUAUUGCCAAGGUCUCAGCUUUGUAGCAGGCAUUUUGCUCCUUCAUAUGAGUGAAGAAGAGGCGUUUAAAAUGCUCAAGUUUCUGAUGUUUGACAUGGGACUGCGAAAACAGUAUCGGCCUGACAUGAUCAUUUUACAGAUCCAGAUGUACCAGCUCUCAAGGCUUCUCCACGAUUACCACCGAGACCUCUAUGAUCAUCUGGAGGAGCAUGAAAUCGGCCCCAGCCUCUAUGCUGCCCCCUGGUUUCUCACUGUGUUUGCCUCACAGUUCCCACUGGGAUUUGUAGCCAGAGUCUUUGAUAUGAUCUUUCUUCAGGGAUCUGAGGUCAUAUUUAAAGUGGCUUUAAGUCUGUUGGGAAGCCAUAAACCCUUGAUUCUGCAGCAUGAAAACCUAGAAACCAUAGUCGACUUUAUAAAAAACACACUACCCAACUUGGGCCUGGUACAAAUGGAAAAGACGAUCAAUCAGGUAUUUGAGAUGGACAUCGCUAAACAAUUACAAGCUUAUGAAGUUGAGUACCAUGUGCUUCAGGAAGAACUUAUCGAUUCCUCUCCUCUCAGUGACAACCAAAGAAUGGAUAAAUUAGAGAAAACCAACAGCAGCUUACGUAAACAGAACCUUGACCUCCUUGAACAAUUGCAGGUGGCAAAUGGUAGGAUCCAAAGCCUUGAAGCCACAGUCCAGAAGCUCCUGACCAGCGAAAGCAAGCUGAAGCAGGCCGCCCUCGCUUUAGAGCUGGAGCGGUCAACCCUGCUGCAGACGGUCGAGGAGCUGCGGAGGCAGACUGCAGAGCUGAGCCCAUGGGAGCCUGCCUGCACACAGCCCAGGCCUACAGGCGACUGAUAGCUCCAGAGGAGAGACUGCAACACAUCCCCAUACUGUCCAGGCCUUAACUGAGAGAGACAGAAGAUCCUGGAGGGAGAGAGGGAGGCGUGAAGCGUGCUUCUCAGGGAGGAGACUGACUUGCCAGCGUGCAGAUUCUUAUGAACUCAGACCUGCAAUUCAGGGGGCAAAUAUCCCAGUGUUUUUGUUGUUUUAGGUUCUAAUCCAUCCCUUUUUCAGUUCUGAGUACUGUACUCGGUAGCUUUAGAUGGCAUGGACAUGAAUAAAUGCACCUUUGUUUCCUUGUUGUUUCCUUUUUCAAUGUCACAGUAUUUGUAAAGAGCAUUCAUAAUACUGUGGAAUUUCAGAAGAUGGAAGGGUUUGCAAUGGUUCCUCAGGCAAAGGCAUGGGUCCAUCAUUCUUCCAAAGGAUUUGUGUGACAACACUCUUACUGGCAGUGUCACUGGCAAGGUGCAGCUGGCACUUGUCCACUCUUGUUAUGGUAAGAUAACCACUGGGAAGGAUUUAAAUUGGACAUAUUGAUCACUACCAAGUGACUUUGAUCACUAUCCUUGGUAUUUAAGGAUAGUAUUUAAGGAAGUUUUUCUUUAAAAAAAACAAAAACAAAAAAUUUCCAUACAUUUUUGCCUGUUCUCUAAGCAUAACUGAUUAAAGUCAUGGUAGAUAAAUGUUUUAUGUGCAAAUUACCAUUUUUCAGACUCUCCCAGGUGUUGCUACGAUGUGACUUGCAAUUGUGGGGUCUGAGAUAUUUCUUCGUGAUAAUUUCUUAUUCAUAUUCAAGUCAUGUAUUUAUUUUUGCCUGUUGUAUGAUGUAAUGCAGCUGUGUGUCCCUUUGAGUAUCAACCCUUUGGAAAUUUGCUUUCUUGUAGAAGGAACAGGGCACAUCAAGAUUUUCAGGGGUGCCCAAGAAUCUGGGACUUUCAAAAACAGAUCAGACUGAAAUUGCCAUCAGAUGUAUGGUAGCUGACAGCAGUUUUUCAGAGGUGGGAUGUGUGUUUUGAACACAACUCACAAUCCAGCAUCUCCCUCCCUCAGGUGAUGGGGACUCUGUGCCUUCAGCAAGCAAAACGCUGCUUACAGUUGCCCGGGUUCAGCUGGUCACUGUGUAAGACCUCUCUAGUGUGCUCUUGGGACGGGUUUUGGGUUUUUUUUUUUCCUUUCUUCAAAGGAUUGGUUUAGAGAAGACCUGCAGGCACAGGUCACUUCCUUGAGAGCAGAAUAAUUUCUGGUCUUUACUUUAUAAUCAUAAGCACCUCUAUUCCCUAGGAGUUAAUUUGACUCUUGAUGGUGGGGUGUCUUGGAAGCCUGGGCUGAAAGGAGGGAUUUCCAUAAUUGGAGUUAUUAUCAGUCUUCCCUGGUCAUUUCAAAAGGAGACCAAAGUGCCUCCCCCAGUGCCUAAACAGUUGGGUGGCAUUUGGGACUCUCUCCUGUUCCCUGGGCCAGAGUGUAGCGGUUCUCGUCACAAACCAAGAUAAGGUGGGUAGCCUUAUCCUGAAUGGCUCCACCAGAUUAACUUAACGGAGUUAACAUUGAAGGCUUCUUUCCCCAUCAUAUUUUACUGUUUGAAUGUUUAAUAAUGUUGAAUUUUGGAUAUCUUAUUACUGUGACACAAAAACAUUGACUCUGCAUUAAGUAAGAAACAAGAAAGCAAUAAAACAAUCCGUGCCCACCUUUU